AUGAUCGCAUCAGUCCUCGCGCCUCUAGUGGCGCUCGCCGCGUUGGCCACCGCGUCUCCCGAGCCCUCGAGGCACCAAAAGAGGUGCUCUCCGUGGUCGGACCCCGAAUUCUACCAAGGCUAUCUUCCUCCGGUGGCAUGUUGGCAGGAUCAGGACACUGCUUGCCUACCUUACAUCAAGGAGGGCACCGAUCUGCUCCUCGACGCCGAGCACAGGCUUGCCGUUAUCUACAAUAUCGACGAGUACUGUGUCGCCACAAUCGCCGAAGAGCUUACGCGCAUGGACGACGGCAGGAAGACGUAUGGGUGGGUUGAGAAGCACGGCACCCUCACCGUGAUCGAUGGCAAUAUCCUAGUCAUCUCCAACAUGAGCGAGGAUGCGGUGGAGACUUAUGCGAACCUCGUCUACUACGAAGACAGGGAAUGGCCAUAG